AGGAGGAAGCAGCGGUCGUCGGCUCGCAGCCAGCUGCCAUGUCGCAUAUCGCUGUGGAGAGGAACAGGAGAAGGCAGAUGAACGAGCACCUCAAGGUCCUGCGUUCUCUCACCCCAUCCUUCUACAUCAAAAGGGGAGACCAAGCUUCGAUCAUAGGAGGAGCCAUAGAUUUCAUCAAGGAGCUGCAGCAGCUGGUGCAGUCGCUGGAGGCCAAGAAGAAGCGCAAGAGCCUGAGCCCCAGCCCAAGCCCGCGGCCGCAGCAGCUGCGGCACGGCCACCAACUCACGCCGUCGCCGCGCACCGCGUCGAGCAGCAGCCCCUCGGACGGCGGCGGCGGAAGCAGCCUCGGUGUCGUCAAGGAGCUGGGCGCCUGCUGCAACUCGGCGGUGGCGGACGUCGAGGCCAAGCUGUCGGGCCCCAACGUGCUGCUGCGGACGCUGUCGCGGAGGAUCCCGGGCCAGGUGGUCAGGAUCAUAAGCGUGCUGGAGAGCCAGGCCUUCGAGAUCCUCCAUCUCAACAUCAGCAGCAUGGAAGACACUGUCCUCUACUCCUUCAUCGUCAAGAUUGGACUUGAAUGCCAACUAAGUGUUGAAGAAUUGGCUUAUGAAGUCCAAAGGAGCUUUUGUGAAGAAAUUAUGUAGCAAAUUAUAGUGCCUAUAUAUACUAAGAAUUAUAAUCAAUUAAUUAGUAAAAUAUAUAUCUAGUGUGGUAUAUAUUUA